AUGCCGUGCCACGGGGGAACUACUAUGGAACAACCUCCAAAUGUUACGUCCCCAUCAAACAGUAUCGCACAAGAUGUAAGUCAAAAUAAUGGUUCAUCUAGUGUUCAAGGUUCUAGUACAAAUACAAACCCAAAUGGAGCUGGAGAUCCAUCAGUAGUUCCAGGUGCAGGAGUAGGGGGAAGUGGACCUACUGGUGCAAAUGGAGUUGUAGGGGAAAAUCAUAAUGGAAGUUCAGAUGGAACCUCUGGAUCCCCACCGAAUGGUGCUGAACCAUCGGAGGUAUCAGGUAAUGGUCAGGGAAAAAGUGAUCGUUCUAUAGCUGGUGAACAAAGAAAUAAUGAUUCUAGUGAGCCUGUAACUACUUCUAACAAUAGCGAUAUUCAGAUAAAUUCUGCUUUGUUAAAAGAUCAUAAGGGAGUAAAAAUUACUGGACUGUGUAAUGUGGACUUUUUAGUUUUCCUUGUUCCGUAUAUAUAUAUUCAUGUUAAAACGGAUGUUGACCUAAUUUUAUUGAGAACAAAAUCAAAUAAUCAAACAAUCAACGUAGAUUUUAGCACUGAAGAACAAUCAAAAAAUAAAUGUCAUGAUAAAUAUACGUUUAAACUUAUUGUAAAUAUUCAUGAUAAUAUACUCACACUUAAAUGGAAAGUAUAUGACAAAGUAAAUAAUCCACCCAAUACAGAUAAUAAAGUAGACAUAAGGAAGUUCAUGAUACGAAACAUAGAUCAACCUAUUACAUCAAUACAGAUAUUCAAUGUAUUAGAGAAGAAAGAUGUUCACAUUCUCGAGAGCAAAAAUUACCCACUGGGGAAUGUUAUGCCAGACAGGUGCGAUAUAAUGGCUACAAACUGCUUCUUCAGUGGAAUUUCGGACAUCGAAAAAUGCUAUAAAUGUACCCUGCUUACGAAAAAUUUGAGUCCAUCAGAUGAGUGUUUUAAAUAUGCUUCAAAAGAGACGGAUACACAAAAUGAACAAAACGUUCUCACGACAGGAAAUGAUGAAGAAUCUGUACAAUAUAAACUUAUGGAAUCCAUUAAUAACAUAUUGGACCUAAUAUACAAGAUAGAUGUAAACAAUAACAAAGAAUUAGUAAAAAUGGAAGAGAUGGAUAAUACUUUAAAAGGAGAAUUAAUGAAAUAUUGUAAGUUAUUAAAGCAGGAAGAUGUGAGUGGUACGUUGGAAAACCACGAACUAGCGAAUCAUGUAGAAACAUACAGUAACUUAACUAAACUAUUAGAAAAACACAAUGAAGAAAAAAAGUCUUCAUUACUAUAUAAACUAAAAAAUCCAGCGAUAUGUAUGAAAUAUGCUGAAAACUGGAUAACAAAUAAAACUGGAUUAGUAUUACCUAAUCUGUCAUACAAAAAUAAUGAAAAUAAAAUUCAAUUACAGACUACGAAAGUUUCUGAAACUUCUAGUGUUAAUCAGAAUAAUAUAAAAGAUACAUUCAAUGAUGGAAUUGAUGGUAUUAUAGAUUUAGAAGCAGUUGAACAGGAUAAUAAACAGUCUUUCUAUUUUACAGAUAAUAUGUUUUGUAAUGAUGAAUAUUGUGAUAGAUGGAAAGAUAAAAAUACUUGUAUUUCAAAAAUAGAAGCACAAGAUCAGGGAAGUUGUGCAACAUCUUGGAUAUUUGCAUCUAAGUUACAUCUCGAAACUAUUAGAUGUAUGAAGGGUUAUGAACAUGCGAGCAGUUCGGCAUUAUACGUUGCCAAUUGUGCGCAUAAAGAGGCUAAGGAUAAGUGUCAUGUUGGAUCGAACCCAUUAGAAUUUCUUAAAAUUAUCGAUGAAAAUAAGUUCCUACCUUUAGAAGUAAACCUUCCAUACUCAUAUGCAAAAGUUGGUAAUACGUGUCCAAAUCCACAGAAUCACUGGACGAAUUUAUGGGCAAAUGUAGAAUUAUUAGAUUCUAAAGAUGAGCCCAAUUCAUUAGGGGCUAAAGGAUAUACCGCCUAUGAGAGUGAUAAAUUUAGGGGAAACAUGGACACGUUUAUCAAAAAAAUAAAGCAUGAAGUUAUGCACAAAGGAUCUGUAAUUGCUUAUGUAAAGGUAGAAAAUGUAAUGGGGUAUGACCUAAAUGGAAAGAAGGUGCUUAGCCUAUGUGGUGGUAAACAUCCUGACCAUGCAGUUAACAUCACAGGGUAUGGUAACUAUAUAAAUAGCAAAGGAGAGAAAAAAUCUUACUGGAUAGUUAGAAACAGCUGGGGUAAGUACUGGGGGGAUGAAGGAAACUUUAUGGUCGACAUGCAUGGCCCCGAACAAUGUGAACAUAACUUCAUGCACUCUGUUGUAAUGUUCAACAUUGAUAUGCCUUUGACAAAUGUCAAUAAGAAGAAAGAAGCCGAAUUAUAUAAUUACUACUUAAAAACCUCCCCAGAUUUUUAUAGUAAUUUAUAUUUCAACAGUUUGAGCGCAGAAAAGGCUAAUGAUUUAAAUAACAAGAAUGUGAUAACUGCGAACUCUGUCAUUUAUGGUUCAGAUAAUAGUGCUAGUGGAACUCAACCAGGAGUAGGAGUAGCACCAGGAGUAGGAGUAGCACCAGGAGUAGGAGUAGCACCAGGAGUAGGAGUAGCACCAGGAGUAGGAGUAGCACCAGGAGUAGGAGUAGCACCAGGAGUAGGAGUAGCACCAGGAGUAGGAGUAGCGAGUAGCACCAGGAGUAGGAGUAGCACCAGGAGUAGGAGUAGCACCAGGAGUAGGAGUAGCACCAGGAGUAGGAGUAGCACCAGGAGUAGGAGUAGCACCAGGAGUAGGAGUAGCACCAGGAGUAGGAGUAGGAGUAGCACCAGGAGUAGGAGUAGCACCAGGAGUAGGAGUAGCACCAGGAGUAGGAGUAGCACCAGGAGUAGGAGUAGCACCAGGAGUAGGAGUAGCACCAGGAGUAGGAGUAGCACCAGGAGUAGGAGUAGCACCAGGAGUAGGAGUAGCACCAGGAGUAGGAGUGGCACCAGGAGUAGUAGCACCAGGAGUAGGAGUAGCACCAGGAGUAGGAGUGGCACCAGGAGUAGGUGUAGCACCAGGAGUAGGUGUAGCACCAGGAGUAGGAGUAGCACCUGGAAACACGUUAAAAAUGGUAAAGUAAAAGUCGAUAUAGUUAAGUACGACUCGGAUAAUCCUAUUAAUGCUGACCAUGUAUGUUCAAGAGCAAGAUCCUAUCCAAAUUAUGAGAUAAAAGAUGAAUGUGUAACGUUCUGUAAUGAAAACUGGGGAGCAUGUAGUGAACAUAAAUCACCCGGAUAUUGUUUAACACAAAAGAGGAAAACAGAUGACUGCUUUUUCUGUUUUGUAUAA